CAGACCUCCGGUGACCGUGUACCAUCGUUGGGUGAGAUUCAGCAAUUGGAAGACCGUGAUCUGCUGGAUAUUUUCGGUCCUGCUUCAAACUUGGCCAUCGUUCCGACGGUGGAGCGUCCACCACCUAACUUUUCGCAGUUUCAAUCAACACCUCAAACUCAACGACAAAUAACAACUUCGCGAUCAAUUGAUGCACUACCUGAAUUCGUCUCAUCUUCCACCCGAUCAAGACCACCCGGUUUCAUGAAUUUCAACGGUAACACAGGUCGACGGGAAUCAAUCCCAAUACUGCGCAAUCGUGCGUUUGAAGAGCCCCCUAAGCUCUCCAAUAAUUUGUAUCGACCUUCGGAGGUCGUUCCGGUGUGGGCUUAUGAGGCCGGUUCAAACUUGGGAGAGCUGGCCUCAACAGGUGCUGAGGCUUUCAUAUCCGGAGCGCAUGGUUUUGGUCGUGCGUUUGGUGUUGACACAUAUCAAUUAUCAUCGGAUUUGCUGAAAGUCGGAAGCACUUUCUUGGGUCGAAAACGGUAA